AUGAAUGGGGAACAAAGCGAUAACGAGCCAUUAGAUGACACGGAUGAAGAGGAUUUACAUGAAGAUGACGAAGAAGAAAACUUUCAAAACAAUGAUUUAAACAAUCGUUUGCAACUUAAAACGCCACUUGGAGAUGUUUUGCCGAGCACUUAUGAAGGAAAAACGGUGGAAGAACUGUUUCCAGCAUUUAAGCAUAAUUCUGUGCGUAUUUCAGAAUCCGUUAUAUUGAAAUUCAGUAAAAUAUUUGGCCUUGGAAAACCUUAUCAUUUGCCUAAACCAUGGAAAGACGUACGAAAGAGACGCAGAGUGAAGGACGCAUUGUUCGUAACAAAAGAAAACAGAGAUCCUAGUGAACAAGAUGAAGACAAAAUUAAAAUUCGUGAACCGAUUGGAGAAGAAUGUGGUGAAGAUAAUGAGUUUCUUGGACCAAUUCCAAUUUUUGAUGAGCCAACUCAAGAACAGUUGUCAAAAGAAGAUGUGAACAGUAGUUCAGAACAAAGCACUGCAGCAAAAAAAUCUAUACCAAAUUGGCGUAUAGGCCCAGCACGUUAUUGGUAUGACAAUAUGGGGCUUGAUCUGGACAUAACAAAGUUUGAUUACGGCUUUAAAACAAAACAAUAUGAUCAACAACAAUCACAAGAUGAAAAUCAUCAGGAGAAAUUGAACGUAUCAGUUGAAAACUUUUUACCGAUUAAUCUUGUUCGAUGGGAAGAUGACAUCAUAUUUGAUAGCUCAUCGUUACGUGAACAUUUCGAUUUAAAUUCACAAAAGAUACGUUAUUGUGCGUGGAUACCAACAUCUACCUAUCGAUCACUAGCCAGUUUUCAAAAAAAUGUAUUUGGUAAAAAUGUUGACUAUUUAGAAUCAAAAACUGACGAAACAAAGUACAAAAAUUGGUAUUCCAUCUUUCCAAUUGAUAAUUAUGAUUUAAUGUAUGGCGAUUGGGAAAAAGAUAUUAUCAUCGAUCCAGAGGAAAUGGAACGUGUUCGUGAUCCACCAGAACUGAUACUGGACGAAAAUGAUGAACAUUUGAUACUUGAAGUACCGACAGAUCUUAAUGAUCAUCAAAAGCAUUCAAAUCGUGAUCAAGAUAAAAUCGAUAAUCCAAGUAAAAUGAAUAACAAAAUACAUCCAAAACAAGAUCAUCGAGUACGUGUGACUCGUACAGUCUUACAUAGCACUGGUUUAUUAAAAGCAAAUGAUGACACAGGCGAUGAGGAUGAAACAAGAAGAAAUGAGAACCAAACAAAUCAAAAUAAUAAUCGUGUAACACAAACCAAUGAUUUUUGGAAUUUAUCAAACGACGAAUAUUAUAAUCCAAAAUUGGCCGAUGCAGUUGUUAAGAAUAUAGGAACAUUAAAUUUACAGCAUGCCACACCGGCCGUCGAAUUACAUCCUCUCAUGUUUCCCACAUACUUAAAUGCUACCAAAUUACGACAAUUUCAUCGUCCACAACUGAAAAAAUAUUCACAUCUGAAAGAUGACGGUGAAUAUCAUCCAAUAGAAUCUUUACAGAAAAUCAUUGAAGCCAAAUCAUUGGAAAGAGAAAAAGAACGCCAAGCGUAUGGAGGUGGAGAAAUGUUUUAUAUGCGUCGUUUACAAGAUUUAAGUGGUACAGAUAGUGAAUUGGUAUUAGCUGAAUAUUCCGAACAAUAUCCACCGUUGAUGAAUCGAACUGGAAUGGCAACAAGAUUAAAGAAUUAUUAUAAAAAAAAACCGGGAAAACAAGACAAUCCACCGCAAUUAGAAUUUGGUGAAUUAUCAUAUGCACACACAUCUCCAUUUCUUGGUGAUAUGGCACCAGGCGAAGUGUUGCAGGCGUUUGAAAAUCAUAUGUAUCGUGCACCAAUUUAUCUUCAUGAAAGUCCUGUUACAGAUUUUCUAAUUCUUCGUACAAAACAACAUUAUUAUAUACGACAUAUUCGAAAUAUAUUUGUUGUUGGACAAGAAUGUCCAUUAAUCGAAGUACCGGGGCCAAAUUCAAAACGAGCCAAUAAUUUUACAAGAGAUUUUCUUCAAGCAUAUAUUUAUCGACUGUUUUGGAAAAGUAAAGAUAAUCCAACGCGUUUAAAGAUGGAAGUGGUAAGAAAAGCAUUUCCACAAAAUGCUGAAAGUAGCAUAAGGAAACGAUUGAAAUUAUGUGCCGAUUUCAAACGAACGGGUGUUCAUUGUAAUUGGUGGGUAUUGCGAAAUGAUUUUCGUAUACCAACUGAGGAAGAAAUUCGUCAGUUAGUAUCACCAGAACAUUGUUGUGCUUUCUACAGUAUGCAAGCAGCAGAACAACGUUUAAAGGAUGCUGGCUAUGGUGAAAAGUGUCUCUUUGUUCCCGCGGAUGAAGAAGCAGAUGAUAAUGAAACUGGAAAGAUUGAAGAUGAAGUAAAAUGUGCUCCAUGGCAUACAACCAAAGCGUAUCUUGAUUCGUUAAAAGGAAAAUGUUGGUUACAGUUAAGUGGAGUUGCCGAUCCAACUGGCACUGGUGAAGCAUUUUCCUUUGUUCGAAUAUCGGCAAAACCAAAUGCAAAGGAAGAAGCUGAAGUAGCUCAAGCACGAAAAACUGUUACAGGAACGGAUGCUGAUUUGAGACGAUUACACUUAAAAGAUGCUAAAAAGAUUUUGAAUAAGUUUGGUGUGCCUGAUAAUGUUAUUCGAAAUUUAACUCGAUGGCAAAUAAUUGAUGUUGUUCGAACAAUGUCAACAAAAUUAAAAGAUGGAUCUGAUGGAGCGGCUAUGGCAAAAUUUGCACGUGGAAAUCGUUAUAGUCAAGUUGAAUAUCAAGAAAAAUAUAAGGACGAAUGUCGACGUAUAUUUGAAUUACAAAAUCGAUCUUUGACGUCAACUCAUUUAACAUCAACGGAUAGCGAGAGUAGUGGUGAUUCGGAGGUGGAUGAAAUGCGUAAAAAUCUUGAAUCAAUGUUACAGCCGAAAAAUUCUGCUGCAGGAAUUUCUUCAUCAACAACGACACCAACAACAUCAGCUGUUUUUAAUAAUUUAAAUGCAGAUACGACAAAUAUGAGUGAAGAUGAUCGAGCAAAAGAACGACGGGAUAAUGAUGAUGGAACAAAUAGAAAAUCAAUAAUUCGAACAUUUCGUGAUGAACAUAAUCGUGAAUAUCAACGUGUUGAAAUAGUAAAAAAACCAAUGGUGAUUGAAGCAUACACAAGAAUUCGUCAUACAAAAGAUGAUGCAUUCAUUCGACAAUUUUUUGCACUUGAUGAAGCACAACGUGAACAAUUACGUCGUGAACGACGUCGUAUACAAGAACAAUUGCGUCGUGUAAAACGACAAGAAAAAUUACAACAAAGUCAACAAGACAAACAAUCAAAUAUAAAAUCACCAGAGGAUAAUGAAGAUGACGAUGAAUAUGACACAUUUGAAGAAAGAAAUAAUAAUAAUGAUGAUAAUUCACAUUCUAAAUUUUUCUUUGAUAACAAUUCAAGUCAUGCAACAACAUCAGCUACACUUGUGACAACAAUAGCAAAUGGUACAAUAGUGUCCUCAGCUUCUUCUAAUGCAUCGAAUCUACAUAAUAACGAUUCAUCAGAUAACUACUUAUCAAAUGUCUCUUUAACAACAACAACAACAAACGGGGUCCCUGAUACACAAACAAUUGAUCAAGCAGCAAAAACAAAACGUCGAAAAACUGAAAAAGACUUAAAAAUGAAAUGCGGUGCAUGUGGCGCCGUUGGUCACAUGCGUACAAAUCGCGAAUGUCCCUUCUAUCCUAAAACAUCAAGUAACACACCAAUGAAUCCAUUGGCGUUAAAUAGUACAACGAAUAAUAAUGAUGGUUCUCAACACAGUGCUCAUAAUUUCGAUGGUGAGUUCAAUAAACAAAAUAAUGAAGAAGCUGUUAAAAUUAUUGACGGAACGAAAUUAAUAUUAUCAAAAAAUGUUAUUGAAAAAGCUGAGCAAGCAACUAAAACAAAACAUUCGUCUGGCAAAGAUUCAUUAUUAACAAGGAAAAGCAAAAAACAAAAAAUUUCAAAAGCAGCAAUUAGUUCUAGUGAUGAUGGCGGCACAAAUGAUAUGGAUACCUUCAAAGAGCUAUCACCACCACCAAUCGUUCAUAUUUCAACAAUUCCAUUUCAUCCAAGCACUUCUCCAGUGACUGUACGCAAUGAAUCAUCUUGGACGACUACCACCAAUCAUAAUUCUUUUGCAUCAGCAUCACCAGAUGUAUCACUCUCCAAUAAAAGUAAUCGUGGAAAAAGUUUAAGUACGUUACACAACACUCCAGUAUCAACACCGACAAUUUCACCGCCAUCAGUACAUCAGCCUCCUCUGUCUUCUUCAUCGGCCAUAUUCGAAACAUCGUUUUCAUUUCCACCAGUCAAAAAUGAUACAAUUGAACGUACUCAAAGUUUUGGUUCUAUCGAUUAUUAUUCUGAUCGACCCACAAAAAAAGCACAACGACGACGUAUUGAUCCCGUUGUUAGUUUUGCAUCAUUAUUGGAAACACUACUGAAUGAAUUGAGAGAAUUGCCAGAAGCUGGCAUGUUUGUAACGCCGGUUAAUGCUCGUCGUUUCCCAGAAUAUUAUCAAAGUAUUAAAAAUCCAAUGGAUUUUCAAACAAUUCGUCAAAAAAUUCAUUCACAUACUUAUAAAACACGUGAAAGUUUUUUAUCUGAUAUGAAGCAAAUUGUUGAUAAUAGUAGACAAUUUAAUGGAAUCGAUGAUACGAUAACACGUGAUGCACAGUUCGUAAUGGAAACCUGUUUUCAAAAAUUUGCUGCUAAAGAAGAUAAAUUAAUGAAAUUGGAAAAAUCAAUAAAUCCAUUAUUAGAUGAUGAUGACUUAGUAGCUAUAUCCUAUUUAUUCGAACGUAUUGUGACUAAUCAUUUAAUGAAUGUCGAAAAUUCAUGGCCAUUUCUUCGUCCUGUUAGUAAAGUGAAAAUUAAAGAUUAUCAUGAUAUUGUGAAGACACCAAUGGAUUUGGAAACGAUUAGAACGAAUAUACUUAAGCAUUCUUAUCGUAAUCGUGCAUCAUUUUUACAUGAUGUUGAAUUAAUAUAUAAGAACAGUGAACAAUAUAAUGGAUCAGUAAAUUGUUAUACGAACACAGCAUUAAAAAUUCUUGAAACAUGUCGUCAACAAUUAGAUAUGUAUGAUGAACAAUUUGUAGCGUUAGAAAAAAAUUUAGAACAACAAGAAAAAGUUAUGAAUACAACAAAUAAUACAUCAUUAUUAUUAUUAGAUGAUGAGGAUGAUGAUUACGAUGAUAUCAAUCCAAAUCAAAUUGAAUCAACAUCAAUAAUAUCAAACAACGAACAACAACGACAAAAUAAUUCUUCAAUGGAAUCGACUACUAUAGCGAUGUUUUGUGAUCAAAAUAGUAAUGAAAGUUUUAAUCCAGAAAAAUUGACAUCUGUUACAAGUCCACUAGAAACAGAUCAAACAGGAAUCUCAUUAGCAACAUUUAUUGGUCGAGAUUUCUCAUAUGAUGAAAAUAUGAUUGUAGACGAUGGCAAUCAAACAAAUAAUUUCAUUUCAUCAACAUCGAUAAUCGAAGAUAACAAUCCGCCCAGUGUAAAAAAAGAAAAUAAGUCAAGUCGACGUGGGGAUACAAUUAAAGAUGUUUUAGGUGAUAUAAGUGAAUCAGAUCAGUCAUCCGAUGAGGAUAAAGAAAAAAAAAUGCUAGUUUCUUCACUAUCAGUUUUGCAAACAGAUAUUUUCCCAUUGAAUGAAACGUCUUCGACAAAAGAUCCACAUCAAUCUCAUCCAAAACAUCGACAUCAUGGACAAAAACAUUCGAAAAAACGUAGUUUAUCAAAAUCAAGACAAAAUCAUGUGACAUCUAGUCUAUUGAAUAACGCAGAUGAUGCACUACAAUUAUCGGAAUCUGAAGAAGACUAA